UUCUUCCUGUGCUCCAUGUAUGCGCCGGUGUGCACGGUCCUGGAGCAGGCCAUCCCGCCCUGCCGCUCUCUGUGUGAACGAGCGCGGCAGGGCUGUGAGGCACUCAUGAACAAGUUCGGCUUCCAGUGGCCCGAGAGACUACGCUGCGAAAACUUCCCGGUGCACGGCGCCGGAGAGAUCUGUGUGGGUCAAAACACCACUGAUGGACCCACAUCAGACCCGACACCCAACCCCCACGAACUGGUCACCCCGCCGCCGCACAUCCGCACCAACCAGGCCUUCUCCUGCCCACUGCAGCUCAAGGUGCCCCCCUACCUCAACUACCACUUCCUGGGGGCAAAGGACUGCGGUGCGCCCUGCGAGACCUCCAAACCCAACGGGCUAAUGUUCUUCAGCGAAGAAGAGCUGAGGUUCGGCCGGCUUUGGGUCGGGAUCUGGUCCGUCCUGUGUUGCCUGAGCACCCUCUUCACUGUGCUCACCUAUCUGGUGGACAUGACGCGGUUUCGAUACCCAGAGCGGCCCAUCAUCUUCCUGUCCGGCUGCUACUUCAUGGUAGCAGUGGCGUACGUGGUGGGCUUCCUGCUGGAGGACCGAGUGGUGUGCGUGGACCAGCAGCUGAGCCGAGACAGCUACAGGACGCUGGUUCAGGGCACCAAGAGAGAGGGCUGCACCGUCCUGUUCAUGGUGCUCUACUUUUUUGGCAUGGCGAGCUCCAUCUGGUGGGUGAUCCUGUCGCUCACCUGGUUCCUAUCCGCCGGGAUGAAGUGGGGCCAUGAGGCCAUUGAGGCCAACUCGCAGUACUUCCACCUGGCGGCAUGGGCAGUGCCGGCAGUGAAAACCAUUACCAUCCUGGCCAUGGGGCAGGUGGACGGCGACCUGCUGACUGGCGUCUGUUACGUGGGGAUCUACAAUGUGGAUGCACUGCGCGGCUUCGUCCUGGCGCCACUCUUCGUCUACCUCUUCAUCGGCACCUCCUUCCUGCUGGCGGGCUUCGUAUCAUUGUUCCGGAUCCGCACCAUCAUGAAACACGACGGCACCAAGACAGAGAAGCUGGAGAAGCUGAUGGUGCGGAUCGGCGUGUUCAGCGUGCUGUACACGGUGCCCGCCACCAUUGUCAUCGCCUGCUACUUCUACGAGCAGGCCUUCCGGCCGCAGUGGGACAGGACUUGGCGCCUGCAGACCUGCAAGCGCUUCGCCGUGCCGUGCCCAGACGGAAACUUUGCACGGCUGACACCGGACUUCACCGUGUUCAUGAUCAAGUACCUGAUGACCAUGAUCGUUGGGAUCACGUCCGGGUUCUGGAUCUGGUCAGGGAAGACGCUGCAGUCGUGGCACAGGUUUUAUCAGAGACUGAGUGCCACCAACCAGGGAGAGACCACCGUGUAGGGGACGCUGGAGAGGAAAGGGUCGAUCCUCUCAAACCUCAUUUGACUGGAGGUUUUCUGAUGGAGCUGUUUGUCCUCAGAGGACAGACAGAUCCUGCUGCUCUGAGUAGUCCUCUUUUGGAACUGAACUUGGUAAGAACAAGAACCGUUUCGGACCUGCGGUCACUGUGGGUUUGAGUCCGCCCAGAAUCAGAUUUCCACCUGCACCUUUUUUUUUCUCCCGUUCACUAACUGAAACUUCAGAGGAAAAUGUUUAAUGUUACAGGUCUGUAACUUCCCCGGAAAUUUACUGAUUGAUUAGUCCGACAAUGAAUAAUUAUAAUUAACUAUUUUUCUUUUUUUUUUUUAAAAAAAUGUCGGUCCUAUUGUCUCAGAGUCAGAGGUGUCUUCAGAUGUCCUGUUUUGUCUGACCGAGAGUCCAAAAGCACAAAGAUAUUUAGUUUACAAUCACAGUCACACUUACACAGAGUCCCUAACGUCCCAGAAUGUAAUGUUCGGUUUUGGGUUGUUGUGUUUUGUUUUUUUAACAAUGUUGCACAAGAUGAUAAAUGACCCAGAAAGUAGCAAGAACUUAGUAAACAGUAAAAGAAAAUUACCUGAAAAUUACAACAACAAAAAAACAACAAAGCUAAAAGACUUG